UAGGCAAGGUGACCCAUGGCAAGGCACAAGCCAGCAGGGUCCAGCUUCUACAUGACCCACCUAUCCAUGGUUCUGGCUUAUUCCUUUUCCCCAGAUGCCAGUACGCAGAGAGAGUUAGGACAGAAACCAUCUCCGACUGCCACCAUGGGCUCCCAGUACCCAGCGCUGACCCCGGAGCAGAAGAAGGAGCUUAGUGACAUAGCUCAUCGAAUUGUGGCUCCAGGCAAGGGUAUCCUGGCUGCUGAUGAGUCCACUGGGAGCAUUGCCAAACGUCUGCAGUCCAUCGGCACUGAGAACACCGAGGAGAAUAGGCGCUUCUACCGCCAGCUGCUGCUGACUGCUGAUGACCGCGUGAACCCCUGUAUCGGGGGCGUCAUCCUCUUCCACGAAACACUCUACCAGAAGGCGGAUGAUGGGCGUCCCUUCCCACAAGUCAUCAAAUCUAAGGGUGGUGUUGUGGGUAUCAAGGUAGACAAGGGUGUGGUACCUCUGGCAGGAACAAAUGGCGAGACUACCACCCAAGGCCUGGAUGGGCUGUCUGAGCGCUGUGCCCAGUACAAGAAGGAUGGAGCUGACUUUGCCAAGUGGCGCUGUGUGCUGAAGAUUGGGGAAAACACCCCCUCCGCCCUUGCCAUCAUGGAAAAUGCCAAUGUUCUGGCACGUUAUGCCAGCAUUUGCCAGCAGAAUGGCAUCGUGCCCAUCGUGGAGCCCGAGAUCCUCCCUGAUGGAGACCACGACCUGAAGCGCUGUCAGUAUGUAACUGAGAAGGUACUGGCCGCCGUGUACAAGGCUCUGAGUGACCACCACGUCUAUCUGGAAGGCACCUUACUGAAGCCCAACAUGGUAACUGCAGGCCACGCUUGCAGCCAGAAAUACUCUCAUGAGGAGAUUGCCAUGGCAACUGUCACUGCUCUGCGCCGCACCGUGCCCCCCGCUGUCACUGGAGUCACCUUCUUAUCUGGGGGCCAGAGUGAGGAGGAGGCAUCCAUCAACCUCAAUGCCAUCAACAAGUGUCCCCUGCUGAAGCCGUGGGCCUUGACCUUCUCAUUUGGACGAGCCCUGCAGGCCUCUGCCCUGAAGACCUGGGGCGGGAAGAAGGAGAACCUGAAGGCUGCCCAGGAGGAGUACAUCAAACGGGCCCAGGCCAACAGCCUCGCCUGCCAAGGAAAGUACACUUCCACUGGCCAGGGCGGGUCUGCGGCCAGUGAGUCUCUCUUCAUCUCCAACCACGCCUACUGAGUGGAGAUGUGCUAAGGCUGCCCUGCUACACUCCGGUCCCCCUCCCACAGCCACUCGGAAGAGGGGGCGCACCUCGGGCUCUAGGCUGCUCUUCCCAUCACUCCUGCCUCCCUUGUGAAUUGGUGCGUGGUGUUGUCUGUGUAUGCCGAUUCCAUCGCCCUUUCCAGCCCACUGCCAAUAAACAGCUAUUCAAGGGGA